GGCCCCGCGGUGGGCUGGGGGAAGCUCCGCCCGCGCCGGAGUCUCGUCGGCUGCUGGUACUGCUAGCUGCCGCCCAUUGGCUGGCCGGGCCGUCAGUCGCGGCUGGGCGCGGGAGGCGGGCGGAGGCGCUGCUCGGCGCGGCGGUCCCACAGCAGCCGUCUCGCCGCCGGGCCCCACCGCGCCUCCAUGAGCACCGCCCCUGCCUAGCCCCGCCCGGCGGCCGGCCUCCGGCCUCGGCUCGGGCUCGCCCCGCCACCACCACAACCGCCACCAGCGGCAGCGGAGGCAGCGGCGCGCCCCGCGUCAGGAGAGGAUGAAGGUGACCGUGGACUUCGAGGAGUGCCUGAAGGACUCGCCGCGCUUCAGGGCAGCUUUAGAAGAAGUAGAAGGAGAUGUGACAGAACUGGAACUGAAACUUGACAAGCUGGUGAAGCUUUGUAUUGCAAUGAUUGAUACCGGGAAAGCAUUCUGUACAGCCAACAAGCAGUUCAUGAAUGGAAUUCGAGACCUUGCACAGUAUUCCUGUAAAGAUGCAUUGGUUGAGACCAGCUUGACAAAGUUCUCUGAUACCUUACAGGAAAUGAUCAAUUAUCACAAUAUCCUGUUUGACCAAACCCAAAGAUCAAUUAAAGCACAGCUUCAGACUUUCGUUAAAGAAGAUAUUAGGAAAUUUAAAGAUGCUAAGAAACAGUUUGAAAAAGUUAGUGAAGAAAAAGAGAAUGCUCUAGUGAAAAACGCACAAGUUCAAAGGAAUAAGCAACACGAAGUAGAGGAAGCAACUAAUAUUUUGACUGCAACGCGGAAAUGUUUUCGACACAUAGCUCUGGAUUAUGUUCUUCAGAUCAAUGUUCUUCAGUCUAAAAGGAGAGCAGAAAUCUUGAAAUCGAUGUUGUCAUUUAUGUAUGCCCAUCUGGCUUUUUUCCAUCAAGGCUAUGAUCUUUUUAGUGAACUUGAGCCUUACAUGAAAGAUCUUGGUGCACAGCUGGAUCAGUUGGCUGUAGAUGCUGCAAAGGAGAAGAGAGAUAUGGAGCAAAAGCACUCCACUAUUCAACAAAAGGAUUAUUCCAGUGAUGAUACUAAACUAGAAUACAAUGUAGAUGCAGCCAAUGGUAUUGUUAUGGAAGGCUAUCUAUUUAAGCGAGCCAGCAAUGCCUUCAAGACUUGGAACAGGCGCUGGUUCUCAAUACAAAAUAACCAACUUGUGUACCAGAAGAAAUUUAAGGAUAAUCCCACAGUAGUUGUUGAAGACUUGCGGCUUUGCACAGUUAAGCACUGUGAAGACAUAGAAAGACGUUUCUGUUUUGAGGUGGUUUCUCCAACCAAAAGCUGCAUGCUUCAGGCUGACUCGGAAAAGCUGCGGCAGGCAUGGAUUAAAGCUGUUCAGACCAGUAUUGCUACAGCAUAUAGAGAGAAAGGGGAUGAAUCUGAGAAACAGGAAAAGAAAUCAUCCCCUUCUGCUGGAAGCCUAGAAUCUGGGAGUGAGACAAAAGAGAAGUUGUUGAAGGGAGAAAGUGCUCUGCAGCGAGUUCAAUGUAUUCCUGGUAAUGCUGCCUGCUGUGAUUGUGGUUUGGCAGAUCCUCGCUGGGCCAGUAUCAACUUGGGAAUCACGCUGUGCAUUGAGUGCUCUGGGAUACACAGGAGCUUGGGAGUCCACUUUUCAAAAGUAAGAUCUUUAACACUGGAUUCAUGGGAACCUGAACUUCUAAAGCUUAUGUGUGAAUUGGGAAAUGAUGUUAUAAAUAGAAUUUAUGAAGCCAAGUUGGAAAAAGUGGGAAUAAAGAAGCCACAACAUGGAAGCCAAAGGCAGGAGAAGGAGGCAUAUAUCAGAGCAAAAUAUGUGGAAAGAAAGUUUGUAGAGAAGCAGCCUGCAUCAGUAUCUCUGCUUGAAUCUGGAACAAAAGUUUUGCCUCAAAGUAAGGAAGAGAAAAGGCACAGUGGCCCUGAAAAAUCCCUUUUGGCAGGGGAACAGGUUGUGGCAUCCCAAAAAGUGCAAAGCAGUGACAGUGGGAUCCAGCAGAGUGUUGAUGACAGCAGAGAACACCUUGCCUCUACUAUAUCAGCCAACAGCUUGUAUGAACCAGAAGGAGACAAACAAGAGUCUUCUGUGUUCUGUGACUCCAAACAGCCUAGUCCAGGAUUGCAGCUAUAUCGAGCUGCCUUUGAGAAGAAUCUUCCUGAUAUGGCAGAAGCAUUGGCUCAUGGAGCUGAAGUAAACUGGGUCAAUGUAGAAGAAAACAAAGCAACACCACUCAUUCAGGCAGUGCGAGGGGGUUCAUUGGUUACUUGUGAAUUUUUGCUGCAGAAUGGGGCCAAUGUGAACAUCAGGGACAUGAAGGGAAGGGGACCUCUGCACCAUGCCACAGUACUAGGACACACUGGACAAGUGUGUUUAUUCCUAAAACGAGGAGCAAACCAGCAUGCCACUGAUGAAGAUGGGAAAGAUCCAUUGAGUAUAGCAGUAGAAGCUGCCAACGCAGAUAUUGUAACAUUGUUGCGUUUAGCAAGGAUGAAUGAAGAAAUGCGUGAAUCAGAAGGACUCUAUGGACAGCCAGGAGAUGAAAUUUAUCAGGACAUUUUCCGUGACUUUUCUCAAAUGGCAUCAAAUAACCCAGAGAAGCUAAACCGUUUCCAGCAGUCAGAUUCCCAGAAGUCUUAAGUGUCAAGAAGAAAAAGAACCUGAUCCUUGUAGUGCAAGUCUUUUUUUACUUUAACAGAAUGAAUUAUAUGUGUUGUGUUAGUUUGGAUAAAAUGACCACUCCAAUGUAGCUUUAGAUUGUGGUAGCUGGGGGAAAGUAUGAGUUGUUUUAUGUUCUACAGUAUGUAUACCUCAGCAGCUGAAGAAAAUGUUUAUAAAAAGGAAUACCUGCUAGCUCAGUAUAAAAACAGUACCUGUUAGCCAGUACAAAGUUUGUCUGUGAUUCGUACCAUAAGGUAGCGGAGCAAAGCUGUGUGCAUUGCAGACUCCGGGUGGCAGGAUGAUCAGACCAGCUUUGCUAUUUAGUCUGCCUACUGUCAUCUGUCUCCCUGUUGCCGUAAAGAAUGUGCCUCUGACAAGAAGGUCUGGAUUGCAUUUUCUGGGACUGUUUGGAAGGGAAAUCGGGUAAUGACUGACUUGGCUGUCCUUCUGUUUGUGAGUCUGUAACUUAACAGAUUCUCUUGUUCCUAUGCUGACCCUGGUUAGAGGUAGGCUGUUAAUAACAAGAUGUGGUAACUCCUGCUCUUUUGCAAGCUCUUUCACAGUGGAAACUUUUACACCAGGCUGGCCUUUAUGGUAGUGACUGCAGGUCAGUCACAAUAGGUAUAUAUCCUGGAGGACCAAACUUUUAAGAGUGGUCUGUUUUCCUUUUGUCUCUUAAAUGAAGCUUUCUGUGCAGCAAGUAUACUUUUAAAUAAGUAUGUGGAACCUUUCAUGAAAAAUAAACUUAAUCCUCUGGACAUGAUGUGAGAUUUCUAGUAUUUUGACAUCAAGACUUGAAAUUUGAGACAUGAAAGUAAAUAUUGAGCCAAUGGAGCUUGUGUAGAACAAACUUAGGAAGCCUAGGAAGGCUGUUUGUUACUUCUUCUUUUUGAUGUCUUCGCCACUAGCCCUAAGCUGAAUAUAUAAAAUUUUAUAUGUAAUGCAACCACUGUAUAUCAGGAAUCAGUAUACUUUAUAUAAUCUGCAAAGAUGUGUAUGUAUACCUGUUGUCUAAACUAAAAUAUGCACAAGAAAACCUAGGAGUUUCACUGCACAUUAUUGUAAAGUAAUGAUGAACAUGGUCUCCAGCUGUGUUCCAAGGGCAGCAACACAAUUUGCUUUAUUCAGUAGUGAGCGCCACUCUGACAAUGUGCAUGCAUAAAUGGUGUCUCUAGAUACAUGUUUGUGUCAAGUUAUUUAAUACCUAGAUAGUAAUCACCUGAAGCCCAAAACCAGCAAAUGCAGUUCUUUAUGCUCUAUCUGCCCUGUGGACAACUCCAAGAGAAUUUUUAGGCAACAUAGCAUCAAUGUGAGGUUUUAAUAAUCCUAACAGCCAUGGCAUUAUGCUAACCUGCUAUUUAAAUAUAGUCUGGAAAUGAAUUUAUUUUUUUUUUCUCAAAGUUGGAUGAGAUAAGCAAAAUUGGGUAAAAAAAAUUCUGUAACCUACGGUAAAAUUAAACUUUCUGACAUGUUAAAUUUUAACAAGAUACUUCAAAUAUUUAUAAUUUUGCAUCGAAUGUAUAAUAAUGCAUCAAAUCUGGAUGAUUAUUGCUGCAAAGUUAAUAGCGUUUUAGAAUUGCCCAAUAGAUUCUUUUUCCAAGCAGAAGAAUGUUACAAACCACUUGUUGCUUCGUGUGUGGCCUAAUUGUGCUAGGGAAAGCAGAUUCUGCCCAUUUAAACAGUCCAUAUAAUCUGAAUAAUAAGCAAUUUAGGAAUAUCACCUGUAAGUAGUAAUUUCAAGUAAGUUAAAUAGCUAUCUGAAAUAAUAAUAUACUUCCUAAUCCGCAAUAUUUAGCAGCAGUGGAUGUUUUAGUAGACCUUAGAGAAAGUAAAAUUCCUGGUGUACAGAUGGGACGAUGUAAGAUAUGAGUAUGUAUAGUAUACACUUUAGACAUAGGUUUUUCUACAGAUUUGACUUUUGCAGCCUACAUGACAGGCAGUAUGUAGUGUGAUUGGCUGUAAUGUAAAGCUUAAUGGCAUAAUCGCUGUCUCAGUCCAUGCUGCUGGAAAAUGUUUGAGACACUUAUUUCAAAUCUCCACCGGUAUUUUCCUUCUUAGCCACAAAAAUCUGUGACAAAUUUUGCAGGACAACUUCCUGUAGACAAAAAAGAUUCUUCCCUGUAGCUCUGCAGAUCAAUGUGCUGCAUUCCCAAAUCCCACCUGUCUGGGAAGCAGUGUUGGUCUAUUUAUGCUAAAGGACUAAUAACAUACCUGACCCACAGGCUGUAUUACUUCUUGUCAGGAGCUCUGCAGUUUUAAUGGUUCAAGGAGUAGGUGUGUUACUUCUGAUCCUGCAGCCUUGUUCCCCAGUCCUCAUAGGAACGCUAGGAUGUCCUGUUUACAUUCCAUCAAAGUUUUUUUUUAUUUUUUUUAUUUUUUUCCUGGUCAGGUGCAACACGUGUUAGUAUGUUGCUCAUCAGCAAAAAUGCCAUUAAGUUACAUGAAAUGUGUUGAGGGCUUAAUCCUACCAGACACGGGCCAGCUCAGUGCUCUGGAGCCUCUGUAACUCACAAGACUUAGACCUCAGUAAUAGUACAAAGUAUGAUUAUCACCAGGGUGCUGAAGAUUUGGAUUCCAUAUCAAGUUCUCAGGUGCUAAUCUUCUGCUCAGUAACAUUAGGAAACUUUGAUUUUUAUUACAAUAUAAAUCUAGAAUAGUAGACGGUAAGGCUCUAUUGUGGGUUAACAUUCACUCUGUACCUGAUAUUGAAAGCUUCAGUUCAUGUUUCUCUGUAGGUAUGAAAUACAGUAGGUCAUAAUUGGUGAGGUACAGAGCAGUAGAUGUGUGACACCAUUUAAAAUCAGCUUUCACGUGGAUUUUUAGUGAUUUACUAGAUAGCCCAUUGAAAGAUUUUUUUAUAUUUUUCCCAGCCAGAGUUAGAUCAUGUGUUCCAAAAGUCUCUUGGAAAGACAGAUGUCCAUAAGCUUAACGUAUAUUCUAAUGUACCUUGAUUUCAGAGGCGUAAUUUACUUUUGUUGCAUGUUGGUGUCUGUGGCAUCUCCUUAGUGUUCUGCAUUAUUUUGAUUGUUCAUAAGGUUUCAUAUUUUAUGUUAAUGUCAGUACAGUUAUCAUACUGAAUUACGCCACUGAAUUAUAUUAGACAUGGUGAAAUUUGUUCCCAUAAAGUUGGGUGAAGGUGUUAGCUGGUACAAGUCUGUCUUUGCUUUCACAAGCUGCAGAUGUUGCAGUCUGAACGCCUGUUUUGGUUGUUCUUUAGCACAUUGUGGACUUCAGCCUCCUUUCCAAUUGGGACCUAAUCCAAGAAGUCACUGAAAUCAGUGGCAGUCCUCCCACUGGUUUCAGCAGCUCUGCACUUUACCUUUUGUGGCUUCUACUGUCAGUGCUUUAAAGGACCUGUAUUAAUACUGCAUUUUUCACUCUGGGGUUUUAUGUUUUACCUGUUUUUAUACUGAGCUGAAACAGUUCUAGAAAAUGCAACCAGACCUUCCAACUGCUGCCAGCAAACCCCCAUACAAGAGGAAGUUUCUCUUGUUUUGCAGUAUGCCAUCAGUACACAAAUGUUGUCCAAAUUAUGAGAGUUCUCUUGGAUGGAGCAAAAACUUUGUAGCACUGAAGAAAGAAAGGUGAGAGCUAGACUAAGGAUAGGAUUGGCUGUGAUGUCUCCAGGACCUCGGUGCUUUUCUGCAGCCAUCUGUUUUAAAGUGUGGAUGUUAACUCUGCUGCUUCAUCAUGAAAAUCUCAAGUGACACAGUGUCUAUAAAAGGACGGUUUGAUAGAAUUACAAACGAUGUGCAAGUUCUAAGGAUGUUGUAUUUUUACACUGUCAAAAGGACCGAGUGCAUUAUUCUGAUUACUUAAUAUACUGAAAAUAUUUUGAGAGUCAGUUCUGCAAAUUACUCUCUGCCCAUUCACAGGUGCAUGCUUUUUUCCCAAGUUAGAGUUUAUGCCACUUGUUUGUGCAGCCUGAGAGCCAUCAAGGUCUUGCACCGAAGUACGUUUUUAAAACAGGGACAGUUCCACAAAGGCAAUACUGAGGAAAAGGAUCAAUGUACCACUGUGGUAUAUCCCCUUUCAUAUGCUUGCUUUACCUUUCUGCAUACAUUAUUUUCUUGUUUCUCUUCCCAUGGAAGGAGAUGACAGAGGAGGAAAAAAAUCCCACUCCCUUUUCUGUUAAGAUGCCAGAUUUUCCAUGUUUUGAUAGAAAUCAUUGAGCAGAGAGGUUAUUCUAUCUGAAAUAAUGUUUUUUUUCUUUUUUUUCCCUCUUUAUCUAUGACUCCCUCUGUAUUUGGUGUUUCUUAAGCAUUCCAGCAGUAAAAUGCUUGUGGUCUCCUAUGCACUCCUCCCCUUUAGGGUGUAGCUGUGAAGAACGUAUAACCAUUCAGUACGGCUGUAGACUUUGUAUUUAGAACUUGAAUGUAGUUUUCUGUAGCCGGUCGUUGUAAAUGAGAGCAGACGCAUUUAUUACCUUUGUAGCCACUCGACUGUACAUCCUGUAACGAUUGUAAAUACCGGACUUGAUUAAACCUUUGUAUGCUGUGA